ACCCUCCGGUCCGUUAGCUGCCGCUGUUGCUCCAAACGUUCCCGUUAAACGGCGUUAAAUACGGAGGAAACAGGAACAUACGGGCGGUUUGAAGCCACCACAAGUCACGGCUGUACUCGGCACGAAAAUCACGGAGGAAAUUCCUCCGGUACAGCGGCGGAGAUUCUCUCACAGCACAGGCCGGGCUAGAGCUCUACAGCCGGGGUUAGACACUCGCUCAGAGACCGGUAGCCGACGGAGGUUUGUUCGGGCGGAGGGAGCCAGAAAGAUGGAGACCCCAGCGUGAACAGCUCAGUUAAGUCUAUAAAAGCUCAACUGGAGUAAGUCAAGCAGGGAAACUUCCAGAAUCAUGGCUGAAGGACUAUUUUCAGCCAACAGGCGCAUUGUUGCCGGCAUGCUGGUCAACCUUUUUUCCUCCAUCUGCAUCGUCUUUAUUAACAAAUGGAUCUACGUGCGCUACGGCUUUCCCAACAUGACCCUGACCCUUGUUCACUUCGUGGUCACCUGGCUGGGACUCUACAUCUGCCAGAGGAUGGAUAUUUUUGCCCCAAAGAGCCUCCCGAUUCGCAAGAUUGUGUGGCUGGCGCUGAGCUUCUGUGGGUUUGUGGCCUUCACCAACCUGUCGCUGCAGAACAACUCAAUAGGAACAUACCAGCUGGCUAAAGCCAUGACCACGCCUGUCAUCAUCCUCAUCCAGACCACCUACUACAAGAAGACCUUCUCCACCAAGAUCAAACUGACCCUGGUUCCUAUAACACUAGGGGUGAUACUGAACUCAUACUAUGAUGUUCGGUUCAACGUGUUGGGGACUGUGUUUGCUACUCUCGGUGUUCUGGUCACAUCACUUUACCAAGUGUGGGUUGGAGCCAAACAACACGAGCUGCAGGUGAACUCCAUGCAGCUGCUCUACUACCAGGCUCCUCUGUCUUCAGCCUUCCUGCUCUGCAUCAUUCCUCUGUUUGAGCCGCUGACCGGAGACGGAGGAAUAUUUGGACCCUGGUCUCUGCCAGCUCUGGUGACGGUGUUGUUCUCAGGUGUGGUGGCGUUCCUGGUCAACCUGUCCAUCUACUUUAUCAUUGGAAACACCUCGGCUGUCACCUACAACAUGUUUGGUCAUUUUAAAUUCUGCAUCACUCUGACUGGUGGAUACCUGCUAUUCCAUGACCCGCUGUCACUCAACCAGGCAUUGGGGAUCCUCUGCACUCUGGCAGGAAUCUUGUCUUACACUCACUUCAAGCUGGUCGAACAGGAAGAAGGGAAGAGUCGACUGGCUCAGAGACCGUAGGCUGGUUUAUAAUCAGCCAGCUGUAUGGACUCCAACCACCGGCUGCAAAGACUCCUUUCUAAAUAUUUUAUAAAGUUUCAUACGAGUAUUUUUUUAGAAGAGGAAAGAAUUUCAUCGUGGUUAAAUGUGUUGAUGUGGCGGCACAUCUGCAGCUCUUCAUGCUCUUCCCAUGGUUCUUCAACAACACCGACGUUAACGUCUGAAGGGAAACUGAAGCUCAUCACACCAGCAGCUGGACCUUUUCAAAGAAACAAUUAAAGCAGAAAAACACAAUAACAAUCUGACAUUUCACAAGCAAGAGAUAAAAGAACACGCACAACUUUCUUCAGCUUUAACACAAACUGAUUCAAAUGCCGUCCCAGAAUUCACUGCUGCUGUUGGACGAGCAUCUGUACAUUCGGUGGGUGUUGUUACCUCGCGACCAAUCACAAGGAGGCUCCAGGUUUAUGUCACAGGGUUAAAGGACAAACACUGAACCUUCAUCUGCUGCUUUGAGAACAAAAAAUAAUAUCAGUGCUAUAAUGAUGAAAAUGUUUCUUGCGUUUGUUUCUGCUUUUUCAAAUGAGCUGUAGCUUUGGAAAAACAUCCACAUCUGUAACAGCAGAAGACAAUAGAUGAUCCUGCUGGAUUCAACUGUUCCUGGACUCUAAAUAUUCACAGAAUUUUUUCUAUUCAGUCCCAUCUACAAGGAAUUACUCAAAUUUUGCUUUAAAGUGAAAUUAAAAGGAUGUUUUUCCGAAAAAGUUUUAGCAACUUGCAGUAAUUUGCUUCUAACUUUGAAUAACUGCUGGACUGCACCAUUUGGAGAUGAAACCGUGGGCUGUCCAAAGGAAAAGAGAGGCACUGAAGCUAUUUACAUACCUCAGCUCUGACUUCAGGCCAAUUCAUGGUUUCUGCCUCCCUGUAUGCUGACUGAUGCUGACUGUGAACCUCGAUACCAGAUUCUACCACAUACUGACCACAGGAGGAUCUGUAAAUUUGUGCCGUUUGUUGGAUGUAGCAGCUGAUUACCUUUUAGACGGAAGCACUGUGUCGAUGUGAUUAAUCCUGGACAUAGUUAGCACACGAUAUCUGGAGAUUUUAGAACUUCCCACUGAGUUUCCGUCUUUCAACCCCAACAUCUGGCUGUGACUACUUCAAGUACAGUUGAUUUAAAGCUGAUUAUUAAAGUGUGAAUGAUGGAGAAUCCGUUCAAACAGCCUUUCUUCUAAACGAGCGUGCGUUUGGAGCUCCGUAUUGUUUUUCUUGCUCAUGUACAGUGGCAAAUUUUAGGCUUCACAUGGAUGAAAAGUGCAUCACAGGACGCAGAAAACAUGAAUUGGCCCUUUAGAAGCAUAAUCAAACUGUUAUCAAGCUGUUCCUAUAACUGAUUUCAACCUUCAACACUACAGUAUUUUCAGUUGUGAGCGUUUUUCCACGUAAAGACAAACACAAAGCUGAUAUCUUACACGUAGGGUGAUGGUUGAACGGUACGUCGGGUCUAUUUUUUCUUUGUUUACUUUCUCCAGAUUGUUUUUUUCCCCUCAGGAUGUCAUUUUUCUCAAUGAAGAGUAUUUAGAUGGAGAAAAAGUUCCCUCAGUCCAUUUAAGAGUUGCUGUCAUUGAACAGUCUGGAUGGCUUUCCUACUUCGUGCAAACACUUUAUACUCAAACCUAAAGGUUCUCUGUGCAUCCAUGAAACUUGGCAUUAUUUUAGACCUCUCAUAGCUCUGUAAAGUUGAACUCAAUACGAAUGAUUUGUGUAAAUUGACUACACAUUUGGACAGAUUUCACUGCAAAAUGUUGCCGUUUCAGAUGCGACUGAUGAUUUAAACAUAACCGCUCCUUAAUAAAUCCAAUUGAUUCACUUUUUUUUUAAAUUGUCAGUCAUUAAGUUGAUUUUUCUUGUUUUAACCUGAGAAUUUCCAACCUGGUGCAUCAUUUUCUUGCUCAUAAUUUAUUAUUUGCAUUAGUUACCUGCCAGGAGGUCAUGUAAUCACCUGAGUUUGUUUGUCUGUUUGUUUGUCUGUUAACAGCAUAACUCAAAAAGUCAUGGACGAAUUUUCACCAAAUUUUUACAGGAUGUCCGGAAGAGCAAAAGUAACAAUCGAUUAGAUUUUGGAGGUGAUCCGGAUCACCGUCUGGAUCCAGGAUUGUUUUGAAGGAGUCUGUACAAUUGAGAGGGAUGGUUGCCAGGCCAUCUCUCAAUUGUACAGACAGAGGUCGCCGGAUCGAUCCAAGGCGACGGCCGAAUUCCGAGCGAGUCGGGACCGACGAAACGAAGCGGCGGCGACGUGUACGGUACCGUCACACGCGCGCGCAAGGCUACCGUUACGUGCGUGCGGCGGCGCCGCCGUCAAAACACUGUGCUGUUACACUGUACAUGCAUGUUAUGCUUUGUGCACAAACUGUUAAAACUAAAUUAAAUCCGUCCAUGACGUUUUGGGUUAUGCUGUUAACAGACAAACAAACUCCGAUUGGUCAUCUGUACAAUUGAGCGAUGGCCUGGCGGAGGUCUGCGCUCUCCGAGUGCUUUUCUAGCUUGUAUCUGUUUUGACAGGAUCUGGUGGAUUUUCUAGUUUACAGAUUUUUACAUAUUUUUUGUGUUUUUGUUUUGGGAGAAAACCUUUCAAAUACAUGUACCUCCAGGAUCCACCGUGUUGGUUGAGACGAACGUCAGCUCACGCGUUUAAGUCGACCAACCAUCCAUUGUGUAUUUAACAUCCAGAAAAAUAUACAGUUGGUGAAAUAAAAACUCCAGUCUUACAUGCCUACA